AUGCCCGUAUUUGCACCACCAGUUUUUCUAUCUAACGGUCUAAAAAUUCCUUCAAUCGGUCUAGGGACAUUCAAGACUACUACUAGUGAUCUCGCGAAAAUAGCCAUUUCUACUGCACUGGAUGCUGGCUAUCGUCAUAUUGACACCGCUUUCAUUUACUCAAAUGAAUCAGAUAUCGGUACUGCCUUGAAAUCCAAGAUGUCUGAAAGUGGUAUUUCUCGGGAGGAAAUGUUCAUCACAACCAAGCUAUGGGGUACCGACCAUCAUCCACAAGAUGUGAUGCCGGCCUGCAAAGCUAGUUUGGCCCGUCUCCAACUGGACUACGUGGAUCUGUAUCACGUGCACUGGCCUGUUCCUCUACCGGUAUGCCAAUGUUUCAUGCAUAUUUAUAGCUAA